GAUACUCGUUCUUCGCUACUGAUUUCCAGGAGUUCUGUUAUUUACCUUAUCAACCUGAGAUAAGGAAAAAGAAGAUUUAAUUAUAAACUAUAAAGAAAAGGGAAGUUUUUGUUAUCCAAUAUUUUUCUAAUCAAGCGAAAGAUGAAGAAAGAGGUAGUGUUUGCAGUAGUGACCACAACAGCUGCAACAGUUGUGGCGGUGUUGGCUUUAGUGAGGCAAUAUUGGAAGCAAAACAAGGACCGGCAAUGGAGGAAAAGUCAACGAAUCAUGCGUAAAUUUGCAAGGGAAUGUGCAACUCCAGUCCCCAAGUUGUGGCAAGUGGCUAAUGCCAUGGUUUCUGAUAUGGAAGCCUCACUUUCUUCCUCAGAUGAAGCACCAAGUAGCCUCAACAUGCUUGUUUCCUAUGUUUCUCCUCUUCCCACCGGGAUUAAUCAGAAGGGAAUGUAUUAUGGGGUGAACUUGAGAGAAAUAAAUUUUUUGAUGGUGUGUGCGAGGCUGGAAGGCAAAAAUGAGCCUAUUUCUGACUUACAUAGGGAGGAAAUUUCUGUUCCCUCCAAUGUCAUGCUUGGCACAUCACAGGAAUUAUGCGAUUACAUUGCUGCGGAGCUUGCAAAAUUUAUCUUGGCACAUCCCGCGAACAAUGAUGAAACAGCAGCAAAUGACAGGAAACUGGGAUUUACCUUGUCUUAUGCAGCGGACCAAGCUACAACCACAUCUGGCUCAGCAAUUAAAUGGAAGAAUUUCUCUGCUGAUGACACAAGGGGAAAGAAACUGAUCACUGAAAUCAAUCAAGCUCUGGAAAAACAUGGCUUAAAUAUGCGAGUUUAUGCAUUAGUUGAUGAUACCGUUGGAAUUUUAGCUGGUGGAAGAUACUAUAAUAAGGACAGUGUGGCAGCAAUUACCUUAGGAAUGGGCACAAAUGCUGCUUAUGUAGAUACAGUUCAAUCAGCUCCCAGGUGGCAUGGCUCAUUGCCAACGAAAGGCGAGAUAGUUAUUAGCAUGGAAUGGAGAAACUUCAAUUCUUGUUAUCUUCCAAUAACUCAGUAUGAUGCUUCUUUAGAUGCUGAAAGUUCGAAGCCUGGUGGCGGGAUUUUCGAAAAGCUGAUUUCUGGAAUGUAUUUGGGAGAAAUUGUAAGAAGAGUUUUAGUUAAGAUGGCACAGGAUACAGCCCUUUUUGGUCAAAGUGUACCUCCAAAACUUCUGAUUCCUUACUUGCUAAGGUCACCUGAUAUGGCUGCAAUGCAUCAGGAUACAUCAGAAGAUCGUGAAGUUGUGCAUGAAAAGCUCAAGGAAAUAUUUGGGAUCACCAAUUCUACACCAAUGGCAAGAGAAAUUGUUGCAGAGGUAUGUGACAUUGUAACGGAACGUGGAGCUCGUCUGGCUGGAGCAGGCAUUGUGGCCAUUAUAAAGAAGCUUGGGAGAAUAGCCAACAGAAGAAGUGUAAUUAUAAUAGAAGGUGGGCUUUAUGAGCACUACAGAAUCUUCAGGAAUUAUCUCCAUAGCAGUGUUUGGGAAAUGCUUGGGAAUGAGCUCUCAGACAACAUAAUCGUUGAACAUUCACAUGGUGGCCCUGGAGCUGGAGCUCUCUUUCUUGCCGCUUCUCAGAAUUCCUGAAUCCUUAUUCCUGACACAAUUAUACC